AUGGCUACGGAACGGAUUCGGGUACGGCUGCGCGGGUUCGACAUUGAGCUCGUGGAUCAGAGUUCGCGCGCGAUCGUGCAAACGGUGCAAAAGGCGGGAGCGCAGGUCGCGGGCCCGAUCCCGCUGCCGACCCGGAUCAACAAAUUCACCGUGCUGAGAUCGCCGCACGUCUACAAGAAGUCGCGCGAACAGUUCGAGAUGCGAACCCACAAGCGGCUCAUCGACAUUCUGGAGCCGAGCAGCGCCGUGAUGGAUGCGCUGAUGAAGCUCGAGCUGCCGGCCGGCGUCGAUGUCGAGAUCAGGCAAUAA